AUGUCAAGCGGGAGUUGUUCAGGGCCAGGUGUUUGCGGGGGCGCCAGGAGGCGACCGCCGCCACCCCCCGAGCCGGCACUCUCUCUUGCAGCUGAUCUAAGCGAGUUAAGCCUGGACCAGGGGUAUCACACUUUAGCUGAUUGUGGUCCACCUAGAAGAAGACGAGAUAAUACGCUUACUGAUGCGUUGUGGUUGAAGAUAUUGUCAUACCUUGAGGUAUCUGAUCUAUGUCGUAUGUCGAGGGUAUGCAGGAGGUGGUCGCGGUUCGUCGCCAGGCUCACGGCCAGGCCGGAGCCGUGGCGGCGAGUUCGAGCCGCGGGCCCUUUAGAGGUGGCAGCUCGGUGCGCGGGCGCAAGAGCUGGCCCUUGCGUUAGCGCUGUAAGGGAAUGGCGUUCUAAAACUUGUGCGGUGACGGUGGCCGGUAGCCAGCUGAUAGCAGCUACGUUUAGAAACCUGACGCACUUAGCACUUACAAGUUCUAGCACUAUGGAUGCUAGAGCUCUGGCCCCACUUAUUACAGAUUUAGUGGAUCUAAGGCAUAUAGAUCUUACUGGUUGUCCAAAUGUUGAUUGGCCAGAAUGGGCGUGGCUUGAAAGUCGUCUGGCGACGAGGAGACCCCCCAUAGAAUACAUAGACCUAACUGAUUGCAGUGCGGUCACGGAUGCAGGGCUGUGCGCUUUACUGCAUACUUGUCCUUCGCUGCAAUAUCUCUACCUCAGGAGAUGUACUCUAGUCACAGAUGCAGGAGUCAGAUGGAUACCUUCGUAUUGCGCUCUCAAAGAACUUAGUGUAUCUGAUUGCACCGGAGUUACAGACUUCGGGCUAUACGAAUUGGCUAAGUUGGGACCGGCGUUACGAUACUUGUCUGUAGCUAAAUGUUCUCAGGUAUCGGAUUCAGGAGUUAGCACGUUAGCGAGACGAUGCUACAAGCUGCGGUAUCUAAACGCGAGAGGCUGCGGAGCGCUCGGAGACGACGGCGUGGAAGCGAUCGGUCGAGGGUGUUCCAGAUUACGAGCGCUCGAUCUUGGCGCUACUGACGUAUCCGAAGCCGGGCUACAGAUUCUGGCCAGAUGUUGUCCAAACUUAAAGAAACUGGCUCUACGAGGCUGUGAACUAAUAGGUGAUGAUGGACUAGAAGCAGUGGCAUACUACUGCAGGGGACUCACACAACUAAAUAUACAAGACACUCCCGUAACCCUGCGAGGUUAUCGAGCUGUAAAGAAGUAUUGUAAGCGGUGUGUAAUUGAACAUACGAACCCUGGGUUUUGC